AUCCAGAGCCCCACACACAUGCAAAAAUCUUCCCUGUUUUUCUUUGGUCUGUUUGCGAAUUCACACUUUUUUCCAUUUUAUUUGUCUGAAAUGGAAUUCUCAUGCUGCUUAACGGUUCGUUUUCAUCGCGUUGAUCUAUUGAAUUGAGAUCUAUCUGAUUUUCUUGACAUUUCGCUUGUAAUGCAGGCGCCCAUUUUUUAGGUUUCUGUUGUAGCUCGUCGUUAUUGAUUUAUUUUUUGAUCAGAUUUGCUUUCUUAGUGAAGUUUGACUUGAUUUUUUGCUUUGUUGAUUAAAAAGUUCGAGAAAAGUUGUCAGAGGUGGUUGUGCUGCUUUCUGAAUGCAAAAUUGGACCUGCCUUGAUUGUUUUCGGUUGAAUGAAAUUGCUAGGAGUCAGUCGGAUUCAGAUGCUGAAGUCGCAGGGACUGUGGAAGAAGUCAGUGAUCUUGGGAUUGUCGGGGAGAACGCACAGGAUUUUGGUGAUGAGAAUUUUAGCCAAGCUCCAGGGGUUGAUAUCGUCUGUGUUUUCCCAAAAAACAGUGCACGCUUGGUGAAUGCUGGAGAAGAGACUGAAUUACUAGUUGGAGUGAAAAAUGAUGGGGAGUUGCCCAUAACUGUCGUUGGAAUUAGGGCUAGUGUUCAUCUUCCUUUUGAUCAUAAGCUACUGGUUCAGAAUCUAUCUGCUCAGGGCUUCAACAAUGCAACUGUUCCAGCAUCUGCUCAGGCUACUUUCCCAUACAUCUUUGCUGUCAGCAAGUACUUGCAGCCUGGAAGUUUCGAUCUUGUGGGCACCAUCAUUUUUGAGAUAGACCAGCAACCAUACCAAAGCACCUUCUACAAUGGUACCAUUGAAGUAGUUGAGUCUGGUGGUUUCAUAAGCACGGAGUCAGUUUUUCUUGUUACCCUUGGAAUUGCUCUUCUUUUCCUCUUUGGUCUAUGGCUUCAAAGCCAAAUUCAGAACCUUUCUAGGAAAUCAAAGAGGGCUCCGAAGGUGGAGGUUGGAACUGGGGCCAGAGAUGCCUCCGUGGAUGAAUGGCUUCAGGGAACAGCAUUGAGGCAGUCACAGUCCCAGAAGUCAAAGAAGAAGAAGUAAACAGUGGCUCUUACCCUGUUUCAGGCACUGUAGUAAAAUGCAGGCCCUUGUGGCUCAUAAUGGGCAACUGGAGAUUCUAAGAGAGAGCCCAUGAACUAAACUAGCUAUAGGCCAAUGAAGACCUAACUCCGAGGCCCAGUAGAUUUAGGCACUGUAGUAAAGUGCAGACUCUUGUUUCCCUUUUUCUCUUUUUCGGAGAAUUUUUGGAACUUUAGAAACUAACUCCGAGGUAGGAAUGGUAUGAUUGUCUUGAGCUUAGUUAAUUUCCUUAUAUAUAUCACAUUCUCAGUUUUCCUAUUUAAA